UGGCCGGCGCGCUUCGUAUUGUCGAGCUUGUCCUCUCACCCUGAACUCGUGAAAAAGUCGAUGCUCUGCCGGAUUUGAUUGAGUUCUUUGUUUCUGUCAGUGGCCGCCGUCGCUUUCACUGACGGCAGGGUUGCUUGCAGCUUGUAGCUCAACCUCUGCUCCUCCUCCAAACCAUCGAUCCCCGGCUCUGUCGUUGACUUAUUUGCUAUCUCCCAUUUGGCUUUGUUUCUUGCUGUUCAUCCGCCUGCGUCUCUGGAUCACCGAUGAUGGGCGGCGGCGAGCCGUACACGGCGCUCGAGGAGAGCCUUCUGUCCGGGGAAGCGGCGGCGAGGAGGCAGUGGGAGAAGACGUACCUGGACGUGCUGGGCGUGUGCUGCUCGGCGGAGGUCGCGCUCGUCGAGCGGCUGCUGGCGCCGCUCGACGGCGUGAGGGCGGUGUCCGUCGUCGUCCCCUCCCGCACCGUCGUCGUCGAGCACGACCCCGCCGCCGUCUCUCAGUCCCGUAUUGUCAAGGUCCUGAACGGGGCGGGCCUGGAGGCCUCGGUGCGAGCCUACGGCAGCAGCGGGGUCAUCGGCCGAUGGCCCAGCCCGUACAUCGUCGCCUGCGGCGCCCUCCUCCUCGCGUCUUCCUUCAGGUGGCUCCUGCCUCCCCUGCAGUGGCUGGCCCUGGGGGCGGCCUGCGCCGGCGCUCCCCCGAUGCUUCUCCGAGGGCUCGCCGCCGCCAGCAGGCUGACGCUGGACAUCAACAUCCUCAUGCUUAUCGCCGUUGCCGGUGCGGUUGCGCUCAAGGACUACGCGGAGGCAGGCGUCAUCGUCUUCCUCUUCACCACUGCAGAGUGGCUCGAGACCCUGGCCUGCACCAAGGCCAGCGCCGGGAUGUCGUCGUUGAUGAGCAUGAUCCCGCCGAAGGCAGUCCUCGCGGAGACGGGCGAGGUCGUCAACGUGCGCGACAUAGGUGUGGGCGCCGUCAUCGCGGUCAGAGCCGGGGAGAUGGUGCCGGUGGAUGGCGUGGUGGUCGACGGGCAGAGUGAGGUCGAUGAGAGGAGCCUCACCGGCGAGUCGUACCCGGUGCCCAAGCAACCGCAGUCCGAGGUCUGGGCCGGCACGCUCAACUUGGACGGCUACAUCGCCGUGAGGACAAUGGCCCUCGCCGAGAACUCCACGGUGGCCAAGAUGGAGAGGCUGGUGGAGGAGGCCCAGCAGAGCAAGUCCAAGACGCAGCGGCUGAUCGACUCCUGCGCCAGGUACUACACGCCGGCCGUGGUGGUUCUCGGAGCAGGGGUGGCGCUGCUGCCGCCGCUGCUGGGGGCGCGCGACGCGGAGCGGUGGUUCAGGCUGGCGCUGGUGCUGCUGGUGAGCGCGUGCCCGUGCGCGCUGGUGCUGUCGACGCCCGUCGCGACGUUCUGCGCGCUCCUGACGGCGGCGAGGAUGGGGGUCCUCGUCAAGGGAGGGGACGUCCUCGAGUCGCUGGGCGAGAUCAGGGCCGUGGCGUUCGACAAGACCGGCACCAUCACCAGAGGGGAGUUCAGCGUCGACAUGUUCGAUGUGGUUGGGCACAAGGUUCAGAUGAGCUAUCUUCUUUACUGGAUCUCAAGCAUCGAGAGCAAAUCCAGCCACCCAAUGGCGGCUGCGCUCGUGGAGUACGCGCAGUCGAAAUCCAUCGAGCCGAAACCGGAAUGCGUCGCCCAGUUCCGCAUCCUUCCCGGCGAGGGCAUCUAUGGAGAGAUCGACGGGAAACGCAUCUACGUCGGGAACAAGAGGGUCUUGGCGAGGGGAUCCUCCUGUCAGACAGUGCCAGAAAGAAUGAAUGGCCUGAAAGGCGUCUCGAUCGGCUACGUGAUCUGCGACGGGGACCUCGUCGGGGUGUUCUCGUUCUCCGACGACUGCCGGACCGGCGCGGCCGAAGCGAUUCGAGAGCUGGCGUCCAUGGGCAUCAGCUCAGUACUGCUCACGGGGGACAGCGCGGAGGCGGCCGUGCACGCGCAGCAGCAGCUGGGCGGCGCCUUGGAGGAGCUCCACUCGGAGCUCUUCCCGGAGGACAAGGUCCGGCUGGUGGGCGCGCUGAAGGCGAGGGCUGGGCCGACGAUGAUGGUCGGCGACGGCAUGAACGACGCCCCGGCACUGGCGACGGCGGACGUGGGCGUCUCCAUGGGCAUCUCCGGCUCGGCCGCGGCCAUGGAGACCAGCCACGCGACGCUCAUGUCCAGCGACAUCCUCCGGGUCCCCGAGGCCGUCAGGCUCGGCAGGCGCGCCCGCCGGACCAUCGCCGUCAACAUGGUGUCCUCGAUCGCCGCCAAGGCCGCCGUCCUCGCGCUCGCGGUCGCCUGGCGCCCGGUGCUGUGGGCGGCGGUCCUCGCCGACGUGGGGACGUGCCUGCUCGUCGUGCUCAACAGCAUGCUGCUGCUGGGGGAGGGGCGCGGGCGCCGCGGGAAGGAGGAGGCGUGCCGCGCCACGGCCAGGUCGCUGGAGAUGAGAAGGUCUCAGCUCGCCGCCGUUUCACCGGACGCUGCCGCUAAAAGCGUUGGAAAGACGGGCGGCGACGCAUCGAAAGGCUGCCAUUGCUGCCACAAGCCAAGCAAAUCUCCUGAGCACUCGGUCGCCAUCGACGUACGAGCCGGCGAGCAGCGUGAAAGCCCGACGGCCGCGACGUGUGCGCCGGCAAAAAAAGUCGAGGUCACCGGAUCUGUCAACGGUCCCGCGGCGCCUGCUUCAUCAAGCGGCGCGUCGGUAGGAUGCUGCCCUCGUGAAACAGAUAGCACGGAAGCGUGCAAGAAAAUGGCUCCUGCUGAUCUGGUGCUGAAUAUAUGUACUACCUUUGGUUUAUAAGUCCUCUUUGUAUAUUUUGUGCCGAAUUUUAACUAGAGAUUUAACUAACAAAAUAUCAAUACAUGCCAUAAAAAAUUAUAUCGUUGAAUUCGUAUUUAAACAUAGUUUACGAUUAUAUUAUUUUUAUGACAUGCAUUAACAUUUUGUUAGUUAAGUUUAAGGACAAAAUUUGGCGCAAAAUACAAAGGAGACUAAUAAACCAGGAUGG